AUGCUGCAGCGCAUCAGUCUCGUGACCAUGGCCGCCACGCGACGACGUCUGCGCUCUAGUAGCAGCGCAACCAAGGAGCUCCUAGACGACCUCGUCGCUGCGCCCAAGAAGCCCAAGCGAGCGCCCAAGGUGGCAACGGCCAAUGCCAUGGCGAAAGAACGCACGUCGGGCACGCGUGCCAAGGCGGCGGUCGCCAAACCAGGCAAGUCGCUGGACAUCGUAGCGCUCGCUGCCGACGCCGAUGCGCGCAUUGUGUACACGUACCCUCGCCUCGUGCAAGGCAAGCUGCUGAAGCGGUACAAACGGUUCCUUGCCGACAUCCAGCUCGCGAACGACGAGGUCGUGACAGUGCACUGCCCCAACACGGGGCCCAUGAUUGGCCUCUUGGACCUGCCGCUUGCCAACGUCCAGCUGUCCGUGAGCGACAACCCGAAGCGCAAGUACGCCCACACACUCGAGCAAAUCCAAGUUCACAACGGCCGUGGGCUCGAGUGGGUCGGUGUGCACUCGAUGUCGGCCAACGCGAUGGUCGGGAACGCGCUUCGCCACGGAUGGCUGCCGGACGUCGUCGGCCAUGCGCUUAUCACCAAGAUCACAGCCGAGGUCAAACACACGGCCCAUAGCCGCAUCGACUUUGUCGUCGAGACAAAUGGCCCCAAAACGUUUUACAUUGAAGUCAAGAGCGUGACACUACGUAUGGACAACGGCCGCGCGGUCUUUCCCGACACGGUCUCGACGCGCGCGCAAAAGCACGUCGACGAGCUGAUCGCGCUGCGCGCGUCGCACGGGACGUCGAUCCAGCCAACGAUCGUGUUUUUGAUCCAGCGGCGCGACAGCACGUCGUUCGCGCCGUCGACUGUGCACGAUCCUGCGUUUGCGGCCCUCUGCGCGAGCGCCAAGGCGGCCGGCGUCCACCUCUUUGCCUAUGCGUGCGAGCUCAUCACGUCCUCGGAUGCUGGCCACAUCGUUUUGCUGCCUGGUCCUCUGCCCGUGCACACGGACGAUUAG